UUCACGGUUGCGACGUCACCGUUGACCGUUGACCUCGGCCGGUCGUUAUCAAAUGCCUAUAGUUAUCGCGGAACUGCGCAGCACUCAAAAUGUGCAUACACCGUGCAAAUACACGAUAGUUGCGCGUGCAACGCAACGCGGUUCGCAUCGGCAAAAUAAUGGGGUACAAAAAGGGGUUAGGGUUCGGCACAUUUUUCACCUUGGUGAUCGUGCUCGUGGCGAUAUACUAUCGUAAUACGGACGACGUGCUGCAGAAGCGUCUGUUGGCCUUGCUGCACGGUCUCGAGAAGCUUGAAAACAAGUACGUGAUCACCAGAAGACCGCAAGUCGCGAUAGGUUAUGGUGUUUGUACUGACGUGUUCAUCGACGCGAAACAUCUGCUGAAGUACUCGGACGAGAUCGGCCGACCCGAGCAUUUCGACGAGAUCAACACCGAGCUUGAAUUGUUAAAGAGCUUCGCCUAUUACUUUCGCCAUGGUGCCGCUGCCGAACGUUACAUGGCGAAUAGAACUCUAUUCGACGAGUUGGUGUUAAAGGCACGUUCCUUUCCUUCGUCUUACUCGACAAUCGGUGGGAAUGCAGCGGUUAUGGCAAUGCGAUUCGCGAAAGAGGGCUGUGACGUGACGCUUGCGGCUAAGCUGACCAAUUCCCUGCAUCAGAUGAUCCCACAGAUAAUCAAAGUCGUAGGUGGUGAGGUAAAGCGUGACGAUAUUCAUCUCAUCAUGGAAUAUAAGCAUGGCGAAAUCUGGGGUCCUUAUUUCAGUGCAAGAGCGAACAGGUAUAUCAUUCACAAUGAUGUAAAUAAUCCAAUGAUCAGUUCACUUCAAGCCUUCAAUGAAGUUCUGUCGACCUACGACCCUGAUUUAUUAGUAGUCAGUGGCCUCCAAAUGAUGGACAACUAUCCGUUUCGAGAAGACAAGCGCAAGAGUAUAUUGAUGAACGUGAAGCAUCAGAUGAUGGAACGGUCGAGUACUACAAGAAUUCACUUCGAAAUGGCCUCAUUCGCCGAGGACAAGCUGUUGUUCGAGCUGUGCGAUUUGGUAGUUCCAUUUGCCGACAGUUUGGGUAUGAACGAGCAAGAAAUAGCAAACUUGUACAACACCAUGUAUUACGGCAACAUCUCGCUGGUUGCCAACUCGACUCCACGUGUCGCCACGGUGUUGGAUCAGAUGAGGACAUUGUUCAAACUCAUACGUUUGAGAAGCAAGUCGAUCAAGGAUGCCAGAGAGCUCACAAGAAUUCAUGUGCACACAUUGGCGUACCAAGCUAUAUUCACUGUCAAAGAUUCUAUUUGGAAAAAUACAAUGGCUGCUGCGGCCAAGGCAUCGCUCACCGCGCACAGACACGUGUGUGCAACGAGUAACGUCGACGUGAAGAAAGCGACGUUGAUCAUGGACGACAGCUUUUCCACAUCCAUCGUUGAUGGCACGAGAAUAGCGCUGAACAUCGACAAGCCGGUGUCUUGUUGGGACGAAGUACUGAAGGUAGAACAGGAGAACAUUCAUAUUCAGGUGUGCGUAGCGCCUGUGUUGGUUUGCACGCAAGCUAGUCAGACAGCGGGCGGCGGUGACAAUAUCUCUAGCGCAGGUCUAGUACUUCAGAUCUGAAGCACGAACCUAUCGCCGAUCACGACAAGAUUGCCAUAUACAUCGACGUUAUCGCGAAUUGUCAUCUCUCUCGCUAUCGUGUACACGUAGAUGAAAGAGACUUUUUAAGCAGGCCUCUUCUUUGCGUUAGCAGCACGCGUGGAUCGUAUGAAUGAUCGAUACGCAUUCCUCACGGUUUUCGCAUUCCAUUCUACUAAAAUAGGAACUGAACUGUUAUAUAUUUGCUCUGAAGUUAUCACAUCGUUUAUAGAGUUUAAGUAGUAUGAAGUAUUUUUCUUCAUUACCGGUAUGCAAUUGUACGCAUUUAAAAUUAACGAACACUCUGCCUAUUACGUGUCAUGAUAACGAUUUGGUACUAAUCGAUAUCCACGAAUAUCACUCUCACAUUGACGUAGACUGAUUAACUGUGAACAAAGUUCAUUCCGGUACUGUAGUACGGUAGUGUGACUACUGUGUAAGCUGCUAAUCGCGCAGCGCUGUA